GCCAACAACAUCGUUUGCUCACUCACCAGCAGACGCAGCAUAGCAGUUCUAACCACGCUCAGGACCUCUUCAUUCUACACACAGAAUGCCCGGAUUGACUAAGUACCCGCCCUUCCCCGACAACGUGCCGACCCACCCGCUCCUCGUCGUGGACUAUGAGCUCCUGAAGGCCGGCGACGAGGCAGAGGUCGAGAAGUUCUGGACUGCAGCGACGUCCCUCGGCUUCUGGUACAUGAAGAACCACGGUGCUGAUGAACUAGUCAACGGGAUGUUCGAGAUGGGUGAGGAGACCAUGAACCUCCCCUUCGAAGAGAAGAUGAAGUUCGAACAAGGCGAUGACGGCAUGUCCUUCGGCUACAAAGCCCCGGGGGCAAACGCCACCGACGAGACCGGCGCACGGGACUUCGUCGAGUUCAUCAACACCUCGCAGGACGACGCGCUCGCGUUCCCGAAGCCCGUGCACCGCACGUACCCGUCGACGGUGAACGCGCGCAUGGAGCACACCAUCCGGCCGUUCAUUCAGCUCUCCGCUGAGGUGAACACCACGCUCAUGGAGAUCCUCGGGAAGCGGCUCGGCUUCAAGGAGGGCACGAUCGCGCAGCUGCACCGGCUCGACGAGACGAGCGGGAGCGAGACGCGCUGCAUCAAGAGCCUCCCGCGCCCGGAGGGGAUCUCGGAGGAGAAGGCGGCGCUGGGCGCGCACACUGACUUCGGUUCGAUAACCUUCUUGCACAACCGACUCGGCGGCUUGCAGGUGAUGCCACCGGGUUCUGACAGGUGGCAGUACAUCAAGCCUAUGGCAGGACACGCUGUCUGCAACCUCGGAGACGCCAUGUACAUCUUUAGCGGCGGUAUUCUGAAGUCGAACCUCCAUCGCGUCGUUCCCGCCCCGGGCGCUCAGGCUGUCCUUCCGCGCUGGUCAUUGGCAAUGUUCACGCGCCCCGGCGACUCCGUUGUCCUUCGCGCGCUCACAGAGGAGAGCCCGGUGGUUGCGGAGGCGGUUGCGAACGCCCCCGACAAGAGCAUCUUCAACAGCGGUCAGACCUCGAAGGAGUGGUUCGCGCGGAGGGUCAAGAACCAACGUACUAAGAACCAGAAGGGCCCCACGACCUGGCGCCAGAGCCGUGGCACGGAGCACCGCCGUGAUGCUGCUUGAUGCGCAUUGUGCCACUCAAUAUUAGAUAUAUUUUUCCAUCGUUCAUCAUAGCUCCGUCACUAUCUACGGUUC